AUGGCGAUCCCCAUUGUCGUGCUUCUGGUGAUGUGCUUGCACCAGUUCUCAGGCAACCCGCGGGCUGAAAGUGGACUUUGCAAGGAGGCAAUGCUGCACUGUUUUCUCUUCAGCUGUGGCCUUGCGUGGGCGGUUUUGGGCACGUAUUGGAACUGGCAGGCUGAGGAUUGCUCCAGCGACCUCAAGGACUAUGUGGAGCUUGCGGUAAUCAUCAGCUGGACUGGUUUGCCGAUCAUGUGCUGCAUGUACUGCGUGCUGCUUUGCCUUAGCACGGCCGUGUUGGCCACCUCCGAGGCGGCCGAGUCGGAAUCCUUCGAGAGCUGCCAGGUUCAGAGGCAUGAAGUUCUGCACAGUUUGCCGACGACAGCUUUUGAAGGUCGCCCUCCCGUGCUCAGCGGUUUCAUGAGUCACGGGCACCUCGAAGCAGCUGACGAGCCGAAAGAAGGCACGUUGCUGCCAGUGGACGAGUUGAAGAAGGUCUCGAAGUACCUACAACACACGCUGACGAAAUUUGGAGCGUCGGCAACAGCUGUGGCGGAUGCAGAGGAGGCGAAGAAAGGACUCACCCCGAUUGCACAGGAGGUGGUCAAAGCCUACACCGCCGCUGCUGGAACCCUGAUGUCUCUGUCUGGUGGAGCAGGUGCAUGCUUGGCAGCAGAGCUCAAGGAUGCCGGGAGCGGCCUGGCAGAUUCUUUGGAGGCACUGGGCAACGCUGUGUUGACCCCUGGCCUGGCAUCUUGUGCGGCAAAGGCGCUGCAAGCGGCUGGCAAUUUCGAGCGAGUCUCCACGCAGAACCGAGCGGCCAUCAGAAGGCGAUUGCUGAAGAAUUUGGCGAUGCUCCGUGAUGCCAACCGUGAGAUGCAGCAGGAGAUUGAAAACGCAGACAAGAAGGGUCUCGGCACCGUGGAAGUUCUCAGCGGGGACGAGGAGCUUCUGGAAGAUGAAGAUGAUUUGUGCAGCGCCUUUCAAGAAACCAUGCUGCCUUCCGAGAGGCGAAUCUUGGAAGCUGCGCUCAAGAUGUCGACGCAGCUGGAGGAGGUCCUCAAAGAGGCAUCCACCUCUUGCGUUGCUGGCAGCGACUCGCAGAUAAGCCUCGACUUGGCCACGCUGGAGGUCAUUGCCGAGCAAGCGACACAGGUGCCAGGUGCCAUCGACACACUUGCAGCUGACUGCGUGGGUGGCGUCGAUGAAGAGGCGUGCAACAGCAGCCUCGAGACGCUGCGACAGGCUUUGCCUGUUUUCAUCCACUACCCGAGUGGCGCGGCCGACACACUCACACCUCUUCUGGAGGAAACGCAGGCAGCGCUGGCAGCCGUUGAGGCUGAAGAGGUCGCAAAAGAGGAGGAUGAGUGA